AUGGACAAAGAAGGAGAAAUUCGCAUCAGCUACCAUGAUUAUAAAAGGAGAUUAAAGAAAAUCACAGAAGAAAUAAAAAAAGAAAAAAAAAAAAAAAAGAGUAUUAAUAAAAAAAGUGACAAUUUGAUAAAGCUGGAAGAUGAACUGAACAAGUUGAAUGCGAUGUACAAUGUGAGGAAUGAAAAUGAAGCAAAUGGGACAAACAGGGAAGAGGAACAAGAUGAUAGUAAUAAGGAGACAAAUAAAUUUGAAGAGUUCACUGAUGAUAUGAUUACAAAUAAUUUAUAUUCUUAUAAUGAGGUUUCUAAGAAAGCCUUAAGAAAUAUAAAAAGGAUGCAAAGGAAAGAAAUGGAAGAUGAAAGGAAUGAAAAGUCAAGAAACAAAGUAGGAGAAAUAGAAUAUAAUGAAUUAUCUGAACUCUUAAAAAAAGUUAAUAAGACUAUUCAUCCUAUUGCUCCAGACGGGAAUUGUUUAUAUGAGUCAAUUAUACAUCAAUUGAGACAAAGAAUAACCAAUUAUAAAUUUUAUAAAACAGAUUUUUUAAAUCUCAUUCAUGAAGAGAAUUACUCAUUAGAUAAUAUUAAUUUAAGAGAUUAUAUAAACAAUACCAAAUUUGAUUUUUCCAUUUUUUCGGAUUUCAAUCCACGAGAUUUAACUAGUGAUAUAUUGCGCUUUCUCACCGCAUUGUAUAUCUUGCAAAACGAGCAUCAAUUCGUGCAUUUUAUUUGUGCGAAUGACGAAGAUGUUGUAAACAUGUAUUUCAAUUAUUGCGAAGCAAUUACCAAGGGCGUGUAUGGGAGCGAAAUCGAAAUUAAGGCACUCUCAAAUAUUCUGAAAAAGAAAAUCACAGUCUAUGAUGUAAAUAUGGACAUAUCCUAUGGGGAGGACUAUGAAAAGGAGUUAUUCAUAUGCUUCCAUCACAAGCUAUAUGCAUUAGGAAAACACUACAAUUCCGUUGUUGACAUAUGA